GGACCGUACUUCACGACGCACUGCAGCAGCUGUCGAUCAUUGCACUCUAUCAUCGCCACUACCACCACCAACACCUCUAUUACUACUACUACUACUACUAUUAUUACCACCUGAGCAGUAGGAGUAGCAGCAGUAGCCCGGUAGCCGACGUCUCUCGGUGUCGUCCGCGUACGGAUAUUAAUAAUUUUUAAAAAUUAGAUAUCUCUUCUCCGAGACAUAGUUACAGUUUUUUCACGUUUAAUUUAACUUACCCCUCACAAUCCCACAUCCGACCCCCCAAAAUCCGAAUCCCAAAAAUAAUUAACCCGCACGCACCACGUCCGUUUUUUUUCUUGACCGUGUCGCCGCUAAACUGGUAACAAUUUCGCACCGACACAGCUACCCGACGUAGUAGUAGCCACGGCACCCAAACGACCGCCGCCGUACCGCACGACCUCCGGCCACAGCCGCCGCCACUGUUGCACCACUGCAGCGCGACUUAACGACGACGGACAGCCACACGGCUGCACCAGACCGCACCAGACGCACCGCUAUGUCGCAUCAUUUCGCCGCCGCCGGAGACGUCGCUGGAGUGCCCCUGAAGUCGACGGUCGGGGUGGGUAUACCUGUCUCGGCCGAAGAUAUAAUCCUACAGACUUUCGACAAUGAUGACAGAAAACUGCAGGUGUGCGGGUCCAUGCGACCGAUUAUCACAGAAUUGGAUAAUAACAAAAAAGGAUCUAUUCGAACAGAUGUUGCUGAUCUUGUUAUGGUCAAGUAUAAAUGUUCAUCAAACGGAGUACCUAUUACACAGACCAAUGGCUCGACACUUCCUCUGGUAUCAAGUACAAGCAAAGAUGCCGAGUUCGGUGGCUACAAUCCGUUCGACCAUCGGACUGUCCAAUAUCCGACUACGGAUAUGGAAACAUUUAUACAUCUGCUGAAAGGAAGUCUGGGCUCAGGUAUAUUGGCCAUGCCUUUGGCUUUUAUGAACGCUGGACUAGUAUUUGGUCUCGUUGCAACGGCUAUAAUUGGAUUUGUUUGUACAUAUUGUGUCCAUAUACUGGUAAAAUCUUCUCAUAAAUUGUGCCGUAGAAUGCAAGUACCAGCAUUGGGAUUUGCUGAUGUUGCAGAAGUUGCCUUCCUCGCUGGGCCUCCAGCCUUCCAUAAAUUUUCUGGCCUCUUCAGAGGCCUUGUUAACACGUUCCUAACCAUUGAUUUGCUUGGUUGUUGUUGUGUUUAUAUUGUUUUUGUUGCAAAAAAUAUAAAACAGGUUAUGGAUGAAUAUGUUUUAGAAUUAAAUGUUAGAUGGUACAUGUUGAUGAUGUUGCCUUUAGUAAUCCUUAUGAAUUUAAUACGUAAUCUGAAGUAUCUGGCUCCAUUUUCAAUGAUUGCAAAUUUUUUGGUUGGUAUUUGCAUGACUAUUACAUUCUGGUAUGUGUUUCAAGAUGUGCCAUCCACAAAAACAGUACCGUACAUUACAGAUUGGCACAAAUGGCCACUCUUCUUCGGCACUGCCAUCUUUGCAUUGGAAGGAAUUGGUGUUGUAAUGCCAUUAGAAAACAACAUGAAAACACCACAACAUUUUAUUGGUUGUCCUAGUGUGCUCAACAUUGGUAUGUCCAUUGUUGUGCUUUUGUACUCUACCGUUGGAUUGUUUGGUUUCCUCAAGUAUGGUGAUAAGACUGAGGGCAGCAUAACACUGAAUUUACCUAAAGAUCAAUUAUUAGCGCAAUCUGUAAAGGUCAUGAUAGCUGUGGCUAUUUUCCUGACAUACAGUCUUCAAUUUUAUGUACCCUUUGAGAUUAUCUGGAAAGGCACUAAGCACCGGUUUACAUCACACCCCAUUGUUUUUGAAUAUUUGCUCAGAGUGUUCUUGGUUGUGUGCACAGUUCUUGUUGCAAUUGCUUGUCCUAACCUCGGUCCAGUUAUAUCGCUCGUUGGUGCACUAUGUCUGUCAUUUUUGGGUCUAAUCUUGCCAAGUUGUAUCGAUCUGGUUACAUGCUGGGAAGAACCUGGAUUGGGUAGAGGAUACUGGCGCCUGUGGAAAAACUUGGCCAUCAUAAUGUUUGGCAUUUUGGGAUUGGUUACCGGUGUUUACUCUAGCGUACUCGACAUCAUCGUACAGUUCAAUCAGUGAGCGUGCACGCAAAUGAUUUCAAUUACAAAAGGACGGCAGCGACACAACUCUCAUACAGACAGAACAGCAAUAUUAGCGUUGUCAAUUACAGCUAUUAGUGUCCAGCAAAAUUGUUUUUAAACAAAAAAAAAAAAAAAAACGACAAUAACUAUUUUGUACUGAUUAACUAGGGUGCAACAGUGAAUUUUGAAAAAAAAAUUUUAAUUACAAAAUCAUGGAUUUUAGAUUUUAGACUUUUAUCUUUUGUCGUCAGUUUCAAGUAUUAUAUUAUUAUAUUAUACAGUGUUCCUUGAGCGGCCUUGUAAAUAUAAUAAUAAAAUAUCAGACUAACAAAAAUGUAAGUAAAAAAUUUAAAUAUUCUUGUUGCUCAAUAUUUGUUUCCGUUCGUAGUACCUCAUGAUUUCUAUGAGUGUUAUUUGCUCGUAAUGAGAUAUUUUGAGUUUGAUAAAGUUUUCCUUAUUUUAUUUGAAUAUUCCAUAUACUAUCUUAAAAAAUAAUUCAUAAUUAAUCCACAUUUAAAAUAAUCUAUACUAUUGUAGUACUAUUAUUUUUCUGAUACUAUAUAGUAUAUACAUAAGACAUUAAGUAUUUUAGUUAAUUUUAUUUAUAUGCAACUUUUUUUUAUAUACUAUUAUUAUUUUAUUCUUCACUGUCUCAAAAAUAUUUAAUAUUGUUUUAUGUGUAACGUGUAAAGCUGAUAGACAAAUACAUUUCUGUCCAUUUAUUAUAAUAAAUAUUUGUUUGACCAAUAAUGUUAUAACAUUUUUGAUUGUUACUGUGAAAUUAUAACUGUGUUUAUCAUAAGUAGAUUUGCAUAAAAAAUGAAUGUAUUAAUUUAAAAAUAAUCAGGUACCUUUUAGAUCAAUGAAAAUUAAUAGUUUGGUAGAAAUAAUAUUUGAAAUUGCUUUCUACCAAACUAUAACUAUUUACAUUUGACUAUUUUUGAUAUAGUUAAUUAGUCAUUUUAUAUAUACAAAUAAACAUCUAAAUUUUACAAUAAAUAACAAACAAUUCUUAAAAAAAAUUGAAAAAAAUACUCGUUUUAGUUUAAUUGGGAAAUUACUAUAUUAAAGAUGAGUGCAAUCACCUUGCUAUUAUUAUUGUUCAAUUAAUAAUUUAACUAAGAAAAUCACAAAAUUUUAUUCAUGGGUAAGUUCUUAUUUAUAACAUAAAUUAAUGAUGAUAAAAAUGUAUUGAUUUUUGAACUAGUGAAACAAUAUUUAUUUCAUGUCCAAUUAUUUUGUCUAAUAGUUUCAUAAAUGAUUCAAAUUUCUAUUUCUAACUAUAUCAAAUUAUAGCUCGUGUAUCUCUUGUGGACCUUUGUUGGUAAAUUCUUGAACACUAAUCUUAUCUUCAUAUUUGUUUCAUUGUAUAUUUCUCUUUGACAUAGACAAAUAUUAAUGUGAUCACAUUAUGUUCAACUAAACAAUAUACUGUUUAGAUCAUGUACAAAUUAAUAGAAUAUUUUGUUAUAAAAUAAACAAAACUAUUUUACCUCAAAUUUAAAUUAACUGUAAUUAUGUAAGUAAUUAUUGAGCGACAUAGGAAACCAUUGUUUAGUGAUUAUCAUUACUUGUAAUUUAUUCAAAUAACUAAAACAAUAUAAGUAAAUUACAUGAUAAUAUUUAUUAUCAUAAUUUCUAUAAUUUUAUUUACUAAACAAUAGUUAUUUUUGGUGCGAUAAAAAAUAAAAAUUAUCGCAACCUAAUGUAAGUUGGAAUAAUAUUAUUUCAAUUAUUGUUUGGUUUGCAUUUUAUAGGUAGGUAGUAAAUUUUAAAUUUAAAAAAAGGCGACCUUGUGAUGUAGUAAUAAUAAUAAAUAAAUGUUAAUAAGAAAUAUGUAAUCAUGACAAAUUUACAAUAUUGUCGAUAUAGUAGCUAUAAGUUAUUUUGAUCAAUCUAAGAGGUAUUUAAAUUAUUUAUUUUUAGACUGAAAUUAUACAAAUUCAUAUCCAUCGUUGUUGAUUUAGUAUCUGAAUAUUAUUGUAUUUUAUUACGGAUAUUGAUAUACUUAUUUUUUUUCCUUACUAAGUAUAUAAUAUAGCUGGUGACUACUACCAAUUUACUAAUUAGUAAAGUGCUCAUUAAUUUACCUAUUCAUAAAUUAUAAAAUUAUUGUUUAUCAAUCGUCAUAAAGACUAAGAUUCUAUUAAUUUGACUAUAUUUUACCCUUCAUAAUAGUAAUUAUUUUUGUGUACGUGUCUAAAAUUACCAUCUUGCAUACAUAAUAUUAAUUUUAUUUUUUAUAAUUCAGAAAUUAUAUUUUUAUGGUGUAUACUUUGAUUAACAAUAAAAUAUUAAUAUAUGAAAAAAACAUCUUAAUUGUGGUGUGACAGUAUCAAUUUAGAUUGCAUUAUAUAUUAUAUUGUUGAAAUGUUUAGCUUGGUUUAUAAGUGGACAGUAUCAAUUAAAUUAUAAACAAAAUUAUUCCUUUUGUUUACCUAUUUUGAUUUAUAUGUAAAAAAUUGUUAAUUCAUAUUUUGAAACCAAAAAAAAGAAAACAAAAUGUUUCAAUUAUUUAUGAAAAAAAAUAAACUAAAUUGUAUAGAAAACCCAUAACAUAGAUGUGAUAUGGAGUAUGAAUGAAAUCAUUAUAUCUUUUAUGCCUAGAAUUUGCUAGCAUUUUAAUUACAGUUUUAAAAUAUAUUUUACAGCACAUCUCUUGAUUAUAUAAACAUUUUACAAAACAUAAUAAUAUACUAUAAUAGGUACAUUUCUUGAAUUUGGCUGUUUAGUACAUUGUCAUUGUUCAUUAGGUAUAAUAAUUCAAGCUGAUACUUUAUAAACAAUUUAUGAAUAUGUAUGGGAAAAGGUUUUCAAUUUGUAAAACAAAUAAAGGGAAAACACUAUUAUUGUUGAAUUGCCAUGAGAUUGUUUAUUUGAAUGAUACACCCUGUACAGUUAACUAUUACCAUUUGAUAAUUGUGCUGAAUUUUUGUUUAUAAUUUAAAUCGCAUUUAGGUAAUGUAUGUAACUCCUAAUAUUUAAUUAAACCAAUGACAAAAUAUUUUUAUUAUUUUUUUUUUUUUUGGUAACUAUAACCUAUAUAAUUUAUAGCGUAAGUUUUUGUUUUAUAUAAUUAAAGUAUAAUGAAAUCUGUGAUGUUACGUGAAACGAUAUUAUUCAGUAGCUAUAAGUAAUUAUUUUAGUCUAGAUGAUGCUGAUAAAAAAAAAAAAUGUCUAUGUAACAAAAUAUAUAUAAAAAAAAUUAAUA